AUGAACUCCGACCAGACCUCAUCGAACGAUGGCCAAGUGGACUUCAAAACGGCCGUAAGACAGGAAGAAUGGUAUCUCAAGCGUCUCUAUCCAACGCCGGCAGACAUACCCUCAUGCACGAACCAUCUCGACACGUAUUUUGCGUGUAACACCAUGCGAAAUCUCGUCAAGUCAAUGUACCGAUAUGGAACCUUGCGGGAGGACUGCUCAGAGAAGUGGGCCGAGUACAAGUUCUGUCUCAGCCUGAAGUGGAUGGGCAUGGAUGAGCGGCGUGAUGCAUGGAUUCGGCGUAAGGCUAUUUGGUGGGCCAAGCGACGGGUGGGUAAAAGUAGUGAGGAUGUCUGGCAAGUUCGGGAGUGCGUCUUGUUUCAUUUUACCUUUCCUCACUCGCCACUUAGUUUUUUUCUUCCUUUUAGUGAACCAUUGCCUAGUUUUCCCAAACCUGUAGACCCACUGCAGUACCUCAGGGAUCGGCCUUUAGAGUGGAUGUCGUGUCGGGAGGAUUAA